UUAAGAGGACGCUUGCGACUUUAAUGCUCUUCCUUUGUUUUAUGCGCUGAGCGCUGCCCCUUGGCAGCGUCUGUUUGUGUACACCAAGACGAGAAUUGGCCGAUAAACGCGAAUGAAUAUGCUGAAGCUCUAGAAUUCAAAUUACAAGAACAAACAGUUCACCUUUGCUGAACGCGCAAAAGCUGAAAAGUUGAAACAUGUUAGUUAUACUAAAACCAAACACGCAAGCACGAAACCUGAAUAGUACCAUAGUGAUAUAAUAUACAAAUGUAUGUAUGCACGUACAUGCAUAUGUGUGUAAUUGUUUGCUAAUCGUUGAAACUGGAAAAUAAACAUUAAACUCACCUAAGCCUUUACAUACACACGACACGUCAAGAUGGCCGUGCAACUGAAGCAUAAUUACCACCACCUGCCAUUGACCAUCACGCCGAUCCUGUGCCAGCCAGUGCUGAAGCCGGCUCCGGUGCCACCGAAGCCGGAGGCCCCCGACCUAACGUUUCACUGUAUGUGCUGCUCGGAGUACUUUGUACAUCCCCUGGCCCUGUACCAGCACAUGAAUAGCCGCCAUCCGAACGAGCCAGCACAAGAGCAGAAGCCAGGGGAGUCCCAGGAGCAGCAGGUGGAGGAGGGCGAGGACUACAGUUGGAUAUUCGAGCCAGUCUGCGAGCUGGAGGAACAGGAGCAGCAGUCACAGCCUGCCAGUGACGACAGCGACUCAUCCGACGAGGACGACAGCGAUGAUGAUGACAGCUCCGAUGAUGAUGAUGACGACAGCAGCUCCAGUUCCAGCUCCAGCAACUCGUCCAGCUCGACCAGCUCCAUGCCCAGUUCCACCAGCAACUCCACUACCCAGCAGAGUCAGAGUCAGAGUCAAGAGCCCAUGGACUCCUUAAGCAAAGGAGUUGGAGUCUCCUUCGGCGAGUUGGAGUCUGCGCACCCCAUGAGGUGUCUGCUUGCCGGACCGCAUCCAAACGAAUUCCAUCUGCAAAUGGCAGAUUCUCGGGAGUCCACUUCGAUUAUUCUACUGCAACCAUCCAUGAGCAUCACCCCACUCAGUACGCCCGUGAGCCAGCCUCAUCCGCCUCCACCGCCGCUGCCCCCGAUGAGCAUCUCCCUGGAGCCUGCUCCUAUCAAGCGUCGGCGCGGUCGUCGCAGCAAGGCGAACAAUCCCAUGCUGGACUCUGCAUUGGCCGCGAAUCCAGCGGCGCAGAAAUGCUUUCAGUGCUCCCACUGCGAGGCCAGCUUCCCCAAUGCUGGCGACCUCUCCAAGCAUGUGCGAUCGCACAUCACCAACAAGCCCUUCCAAUGCUCAAUUUGCCAAAAAACCUUCACCCACAUCGGCAGUCUCAACACACACAUCAGGAUCCACAGCGGCGAAAAGCCGUACAAGUGCGAGAUCUGUCCGAAGGCGUUCACCCAGUCCAGCAGUCUAAUGGUCCACAUGCGAUCCCAUGCCGUGCGCAAGCCGCAUCAGUGCGUGCAGUGCGACAAGGGAUUCGUGAACUACACCUCGCUCCUGCUGCAUCAGAAGACGCACACAGCACCAACGGAGACCUUUGCAUGUCCGGAGUGCGAGAGGGAGUUCAAGGCGGAGGCACUACUGGACGAGCACAUGAGAAUGCACACCCAGGAGCUGGUUUACCAGUGCGCCAUUUGCCGCGAGGCCUUUCGCGUCAGCUCCGAGCUGGUUCAGCAUAUGAAAAAUCAUAUGGGCGAGAAACCGUUCACCUGCUCCCUCUGCGAUCGCUCCUUCACGCAGUCGGGCAGCCUCAACAUACACAUGCGCAUACACACCGGGGAGAAGCCCUUUCAGUGCAAGCUGUGCGAAAAAUGCUUCACGCAGGCCUCCAGCCUCAGCGUUCACAUGAAGAUCCAUGCUGGCGAGAAGCCCUUUCCCUGCCACAUCUGCGGCAAGUCCUACAGCCAGCAGGCAUAUCUGAAUAAGCACAUCCAGAGCCACAAUCGAGCAGACAGUGUCCCAGGAGUGACACCUACACCGGUGCCCAUGCAGCGGCACGAGACUCUAGUGUGUAUUGUCUGCGGGUCAUUGCACGCCGACGCCACCGCCCUGGCCCUGCACGUGACCAGCCAGCAUGCAGCUCUCUUGGACAACAUUAAGCACACUGCGAUGCCCACACCAGCUCCAUUGGAUGGCAAGUGCAGCCUGAUACAGCAGCAGGCCUACAUGCAGCGCGUUCAGUCGAUGCUGCAGCAGAUGAGCCAGCAGCAGCAGCAACUGCCAGCCAUGGACUCCACUGGCGAGGACGAGGAGGAUCCCGAAGAGGAGGAAGAUCUUGAAGAGGAGGAGGAGGAGUCGCUGCCAGAGGCCGAUGAUUGCGAGCCCAGUGUUUCUGCUUCCGAGCAGGAGACCGUAAUGGACUCGGACAUGUAUUACGAGGAGUUUGCCGACAUGGACGUGGGCUGCCAGGAGGAGGUGUGCGGCGACUAUGUCGAUAAUGAGGAAGAGGUCUGCACGGAGGAGUUCAUUUAAAUUUAAGGAGCUUACGUUUUGGCCAUCGACCAUAAAUAAUUGUCCCGCAUAUUUACACAAGGAAUGUGGAUCGGUUCCCGAAUGCUCAGCAGAUCUUCUCAACUUUUGGGAUUGGAUUCGAUGAUAUUCUCGAACCGUUUGCAUUCCAUGCCUUAUCACCGUUUGCUCAUCAUUAUCUUGUAUCCUUUAGUAGAGUCGUUAUUUAUUUUAAUUUACCAGAAACUUGUUCUAUGUCUAGUAGUACAACAUCUCAUGUUUCUCCAUCACACCCCUGGUAGCAGGUACCACUUCUCAUAUAAAAUAAGAAUUAUAUUAUCCAGAGUCUAGAACACUCUUGGAACGGAUGCAUUGUUUUGCACAUUAUCUUCUAAAGGUAUUAAAUUUACAUUUUGUUAGUAUUAAGACUACUCGUAUUUUAAGCUGGUCAUUUAGUCGCCUAAAUGAUAUUCCCAAUUACCGAUUCCCACGUUGAGGCAAGGCACAAACUGCAAGCCUCGACAAUUCCACUCUGCAUAAUUCCCAAUAUACAUACAUAUAUUGUAAAGUCGCCUUAGAGCACACCCUGAAGAGAUUACAUUAAUCGUUACUAAAAAGCAAA